GGGGGUUUGGAGGGGGGAGGAGGAGGGAGAAAAGACGUCCGUAGCGCGUCAAGCUACUUGCAACAAAACCACAGUAUCUUUACUCAAAGGCCAACAUUUUGUGAACCGUGCCCCCCCCCCCCCCCACCCUCCUCCUCCUCCUCCCGACCCACUCCCACCCCCCCCUCCCUCCCAAUGCCAAAGAAGAACCGGUUUGCAGAGCCCGUGGUUUUGUGUCGUCUUGCUUCUCGCUUUGUUACACGCGGGCCGCUCGGCGGACUCUUCUGAGCCUUCUGCGCUUUUUGCUUUUUUCCCUUUCUUCUUUUUUUUUAUUUUUUCAUUACGGGAAACUUUUCAACCUCUCAUUUUUUCUAAGUGCUGAAAGUUGGAGAAGGAAACCCCCUUUUUGUAGUGAUCCUCCUCCUCCCACCUCCCAUCUCUCUCUCUCUCUCUCUCUCUACCACAACAAGAGCCACACUGUAGGUAUGGAGGACCAGGCCCGCAUGAUGUUGGGUCACAUUGGACUAACUGGACUGCCCCACGAGGACGUGGGGGAUCCUGACAACCUCAGGAAACACCACGGCAUGGGUCAGCCGCAGCAGGACAUUGGUGACAUCCUCCAGCAGAUCAUGGUCAUCACAGAUGAGAGUCUGGAUGAGGCCCAGGCCAGGAAACACGCUUUAAACUGCCACAGAAUGAAGCCGGCGCUCUUCAGUGUCCUCUGCGAGAUCAAAGAAAGGACAGCCCUCAGCAUCCGAGGUAUCCAGGAAGAAGACGGCCCCGACCCUCAGAUCAUGCGACUGGACAACAUGCUGCUAGCGGAGGGGGUUGCCGGCCCGGAGAGGGGCGGGGCCUCCGCGGCGGCGGCUGUGGUCGCGGCGGCGGCCGGAGGGUCGCCCGGCGAGGGGAACGUCGAGCACAGCGAGUACAAGGAGAAGCUGGCUCAGAUACGACGGAUGUACCACGCUGAGCUGGAGAAAUACCAACAGGCGUGCAAUGAGUUCACCGACCACGUGAUGAACCUGCUGAGGGAGCAGUCCCGUACGCGGCCCAUCUCACCCAAAGAGAUCGAGCGAAUGGUCGGGAUCAUCCACCGCAAGUUCAGCACCAUCCAGAUGCAGUUGAAGCAGAGCACAUGUGAAGCCGUCAUGAUCCUCCGCUCCAGGUUCCUGGAUGCCAGGCGCAAGCGGAGAAACUUCAGCAAGCAGGCGGCAGAGAUUUUGAACACGUAUUUUUACUCUCAUCUGGCGAACCCUUACCCCAGCGAGGAGGCCAAGGAGGACCUGGCCAGGAAGUGUUCCAUCACCGUUUCUCAGGUGGCGAACUGGUUUGGGAACAAGAGGAUUCGGUAUAAGAGAAACGUUGCGAAAUUGCAGGAGGAAGCUAACCGCUACGCUGUGAAGACAGCCGUGGACGCUGCCAGCGUAUCUUCACAGGCGAGCCAAGCGAACUCCCCAGCCACGCCGAACUCAGGAGGAUACCCGGCCCAGUGCUACACUCCUGACGGCCGCUUGUGAGGACUCGCCCGGAGGAACUCUUCCCUCCUCUCUGUGUCCAUGGUGAUGACGGCUGGCACCAUCUCUCCCCCCACCCCCCCCCCACCCAGAGCACCUGGGAGCAAGCACCGUGUCACCUCCAGCUGAUGCUCCGCCCCUCGGACCCACGCCCCCCCCCCUCCCCCACCCCGCUCCCCAGACUAAUACCACCCAGCCUGCAGGAAGCCGUCCAGCCGAGCCACGAACAGAGCGCUACCAAAUCUCUGCAACUGUCCCGUUUUGCUUUGUGAUGCUGAUUUUCUAACAUCUCAUAAAGUUUUUUUUUCAUUUCUUUUAUAAUCCCUCCACGUUACGAAUGUGUUGAUACAUGUUUCUUUCUUUUUUCGUUUUACUAUUACUCACACCGUUUUUCUUCUGUUAUUUUUUAAAAAGAUAAAUAAAUGAUGAAAAAACAUUUUUUAAUGUACCACUUCACCUUCAGUGAAUCAUAAACGGUAUGAGGGUUUAAGGCUUGUGUGUUGCCUUGAACCAGAUUCAUCAUUUUAUUUCAAAGAAUUAAAAGAAGAAGAAAAAAAAAAAAAAAGUACGCAUGAAGUCAUUUUUAGAUGUUGAACUAAAAUUUUAUUAUGUAUUUUUUCUUUGAAGUUUUUUAAGAAAAAUGUCACUAAGAAAAUGCAUUGAUAGAGUACAACAAAAACAUCGUAAAUGGCAGUAAUGACCAAAAAUGAAUAAAAACAUUGUCACUUAUUAAAUUUUUCUUUGCUUCAGA